UUGUUUCCACGUUAAGUGAGUUAGCAGAACAUAAUGACGAUAGUGCUGCAACAGCAAAUGGAUAUUGUUUACAAUUAAUUCGAAAUAUUACAAUAUUUGAGAUUGGUUUUAUGAAAAAUGUUUUAGAACAUGCUUAUUUUUUCUUAAAAGAAAUUGAACGCGGAGAAUCAACAAUUGAUAAAUUUUCUUUAUGUCUGGAUUCAAUGAAAGAAGCUAUAGCAAACACAAUGAAUAUGUUUGAUUUUGAUUUAUACAAGAAAAAAUUACAAGCUGUUGGUCGUGCCUCACCGAAUGUUGCAAAUCCAUCGCAAACAACACGUCGAACAACAAUCCAAGCAAACAAUCAAGAUAUUGAUACGGAAAAAUUAAUUGAACACGGUUAUUCAUUUGUUGAUCGAAUAAUGAAAUCUAUUGAAGACCGCUUUAACAAUAAUUCCCGUACGGUGGUCGAUAAUAUUGUUUUAUUUUCAAAUCCAAGUAAUUAUGAUGAUAAUACAUUGAUGGGUAAUGAUCUGUUAACAUUUUAUUGUGAACAAAUGCAUUUUCAACAUAUUAGUACAAAUAAAGACAAAUAUCAAAGAACUGACGAACCAAUACUUGAUAGAAUGUUGUUGAAAAAACAAUUACCGUCAUUUAGAUCAUUAACAAAAAAAAUUAAAGGAAUUAUUGAAAUAACCCAACAUCUUGCUAAAACUGAUCUUUUUAUUACGUCUCAAUGGUUUACUUUUUACCAAAUUCUAUCAACAUAUCCGUUAGGGGUAAAUGAAUGUGAAAGAAGUUUCAGUGCUGUUACACGUAUAAAAACUAAACUAAGAAAUCGACUAGGAACAGACGCAUUAGAAACAGCUGUAAAAUAUACAAUGAUUAAACCAGAUGUAACGGACGAGGAUAUUGAUUAUAUUGUGACAAACUUCUAUUCAAAUCCGGGAUGUGCAAAAUCGAGAAAUGUUAGGAUCUAUAUUGAUGAAUAG